AUGGCCCCCGUUGCUGCCCGUGGUCGCAAGGCCCAGAAGGUCACCAAGAAGUAUGUCAUCAACGCUUCUCAGCCCGUGAGCGACAAGAUCUUCGACCUCUCUGCUUUCGAGAAGUUCCUCCACGACCGCAUCAAGGUCGAGGGCCGUGUCGGCAACCUCGGUGACAAGGUCGUCAUCUCCCAGGUUGGUGACGGCAAGGUCGAGGUUGUUGCUCACAUCCCCUUCUCUGGCCGCUACCUGAAGUACCUGUAUGUUCCUCUCACCUCCUUGAAAUAG